UCUUAAACAACCAGCGGCAAAGCGGAAGUGGACCCAAGGCAGCAAUAAUGGAAGGACUCUUCUGUAGUUACACGCUCACCGUGGAACCGACAUGUUGACUUGUUUGUUUUAAGAGCUUACUUUGGACUUAAACGAUGGCUACUUUAGUACUGGACAACGGAGCCUACACGGCAAAAAUAGGAUACAGUUCGCAGAACGUUAGCGUCAUUCACAACUGUCAGUUUCGUUCCAAGACGUCCCGAAUGAAGACCUUCACUGCCAGUCAACUGGAUGAGAUCAAAGAUCCUUCCGGUCUUUUUUACAUCCUGCCCUUCCAGAAGGGUUACCUGGUCAACUGGGACGUCCAGAGGAAAGUUUGGGAUCACCUGUUUGGAAAGGAGAUGUUCAAGGUGGACUUUGCCGACACCAGCGUGGUUAUCACCGAGCCCUACUUCAACUUCACUUCCAUCCAGGAGUCCAUGAACGAGAUCCUCUUUGAGGAGUACCAGUUCCAGUCGGCUGUCAGGAUCAACGCGGGUUCUCUGAGUGCUCGUCACUACUUCCACACCAGACCAUCUCAAAUUUGCUGCUUGCUUGUCGACAGUGGCUUCUCCUUCACCCACAUCGCCCCCUACUGUCGCGGCAGCAAAAUGAAGGACGCCAUCUGCAGGAUCAGCAUAGGAGGAAAGUUACUGACCAAUCACCUCAAAGAAAUAAUUUCCUAUCGUCAGCUGCAUGUGAUGGAUGAGACGCAUGUGAUCAACCAGGUGAAAGAAGAUGUGUGCUACGUGUCCCAGGACUUCUACAAGGACAUGGCCAUCGCACAGCUGAAGGGACAUGACAACACUGUCAUGAGGGAUUAUGUCCUUCCUGACUUCAGCACCAUCAAGAAAGGAUUCUGCAAGCCAGCUGAGCAGGUAGUUCUGAGUGGGAAGUACAAGACUGGAGAGCAGAUCCUCAGGUUGGCCAACGAGCGGUUUGCCGUUCCCGAGAUGCUCCUCCACCCAUCGGACAUUGGUCUCCAGGAGAUGGGCAUUCCAGAGACCAUUGUGCACUCUGUCCAGUCGUUGCCGGAAGACAUGCAGCCUCACAUGUACAACAACAUCAUCCUGACCGGAGGCAACACUUUGUUUCCGGGCUUCAGGGAGCGACUGGAGGCUGAACUUCGCUCUCUGGUUCCCACUCACUUCCCCGUUUCGGUCACGCUUCCCGACAAUCCCAUCACAUACUCGUGGGAAGGAGGGAAGUUACUGGCACAAGAUCCCGAUUACGAAGAGAUAGUGGUCACACGAGAUGACUACGAGGAGAACGGACAUUUUAUCUGUGAAGAAAAGUUUGACAUCUAAAUGACCAACAUAACUAAACAACUGUUAAUAAAAAAAAAAAAUCACUUUUUUAUUUGA